UGCCACCUGUCAGUGUCCAUCAGUGCCUUAUGUCAGUGCUCAUCAGUGCCUCGUGCCAGUGCCCAUCAGUGCCACAUAUCACUGCCUUUCAGUGUCACCCAUCAGUGCCAGUCAGUGCCACCUAUCAAUGCUAAUCAGUGCUACCUAUCAGUGCUGCCAAUCAGUGCCACUUAUCAUCAGUGCUGCCUAUCAGUGUGCAUCGGUGCCGCCUAUCAGUGCCUGUCAGUGCCACCUAACAGUGCCAGUCAGUGCCGCCUAUCAGUGCCAGUCAGUGCCACCUAUCAGUGCCAGUCAGUGCCGCCUAUC